CCGCGAGGACACCGACGUUAACCGAAUCAAAACUCCCGGGCAAAUUCUCGGCGCAAAACCACCAGGGGGCAGGCAGCCAUGAACGCGAUCUUCAAUCUCCAAAGGGAAACAAACAAAUUAUGGCCGAAGCGAAAACCCACAACUCAAUCUCUUCUCAGGUCUCCCUUCUUUAUCCUCGCGAUCUCUCUUCUCACUCUCUUCCUCCUCCUAUUCCUCUCAAUUUCCACCUUCCAAACAUCCAAAUCGCUCUUCUCAACGCAAACCCUAAAUACCCAGAAACCUCAAUGCGGAAAAUUCCAUGCUUCAGCCCGGGAAGGAGAGAAGUUUCUCUGGUACGCACCCCACAGUGGAUUCAGCAACCAGCUGUCGGAGCUCAAGAACGCGGCGGUGAUGGCGAGGAUUCUGAAUCGAACUCUGGUCGUCCCUCCGAUCCUCGAUCACCACGCUGUGGUCCUCGGAAGCUGCCCAAAAUUCCGGGUUACGGCGCCUAACGAGAUUAGAGCUUCGGUUUGGAAUCACGCCGUUGAAUUGAUGAAGAGUGGAAGGUAUGUAUCGAUGACUGACAUUAUCGAUAUCUCGCCACUAGCAUCUGCUUCGCUUCGUGCAAUCGAUUUCAGGGUCUUUGCAGCCUCAUUCUGUGGUGUAGAUGUGGAUUCCACUUGUGCAAAUUAUCUAAAACCAGGGUCGUCUUCAUCGUUUGAUAUCCUUAGGGAGUGUGGAAAUGUGCAAUCUGGGAUUGAAGGUAACAUAGGUGGGUGUUUGUAUGCAGUAAAGGAGGACUGCAGAACGACUGUAUGGACUUACGAGAAUGGUGAUGAUGGAGAGUUAGAUUCAUUUCAACCCGAUGAACAACUCAAGAAGAAGAAGAGGAUUUCGUAUGUAAGGAAACGUCGAGAUGUGCAUAAGACCCUUGGACCGGGAUCUGAAGCUGGCUCAGCCAUCGUUCUUGCAUUCGGAUCCCUUUUCUCCGCUCCAUACAAAGGCUCCGAGUCCUAUAUUGAUAUUCAGAAAGUAAAGAACAGUGAAUUCCUCCCCUUUGUCCCUGAAAUAUUGAAUGCGGGGAAGAAGUUUGCUUCGGGGAGGAUAAAAGAUCCUUUCCUUUGUGCACAGCUCAGAUUGUUAGAUGGGCAGUUUAAGAACCACUGGAAGGCUACAUUUCAGGGUCUGAGACAAAAGCUUGGAUCUUUGAACCAGGGGGAUGAUCAGCCAGUCAACAUUUUCGUGAUGACAGAUCUUCCUCGGGGUGACUGGAGCGGAACUUAUCUGGGCGAGCUAGCUAGCAUUGAGAAGCGGUUUAAGUUGCAUUUUCUUAGGGAAGAAGAUAGACUGGUUGCUGAAACAGCAAGACAAUUAGGAAAGAGAGGAAGUAGAGGGAAUCUACAUUGUCCUCAUCAGAAAUCGCUGGAUGUUCUCUUGUACAUAGAAGAAAGCGUCUGUAGCUGUGCAUCCCUCGGUUUUGUUGGUACAGCUGGAUCGACGAUUGCUGAGAGCAUAGAGCUAAUGCGGAAGUCAGAUGUCUGUUCCAUUCUUAAUCGGACUGCAAGAUGACACUCGGUGCUGGGAUACAAACGAAGUUGGGUUUGCCUCCAAAGUAGAAGCAAGCAACUACUUGUGAGUCAGAGCUCCUGCCACUGUAAAAUGCCGGGAACCAUGCAUACUUAAAGUUUUGGGAAGGUAUUGUUUAGUGAUGCUCCAAUCUACCAGAUGAAGGAAUUGCUCUGGUACCAAAUGCCAAUGCUCGGGUGUCUCCUCGCGGUGCACGGAAAUGUAAGCUUUCAACUUUUAACCAUGGAGCUUUUACUAACCAAAAGUUAUUUAAACGAUCACUAACCAAGUAACUGCAUGAUUCUUUUUGUCCUUCCUUCCAUUAAUCCACCUCUCCUAUCUUUCGACAUUUUUGUUCCCUGAGUACUUGUUCUAAGAACACUCAGCUUGAACUCUGGUUUUCUUUGUAAGGUGUUUCCAGUGAAACUCUGUUGGUGUUCGAAUGGGUACAGCGGACUCUCUUGAGAACGACGGCCAUCUCGCCAUGAUUUGGACCUUUAUAAAUAUU